AGAACACCAAAUAAAUAUCUCGAUUUUCUAUUUGUAGUCGUGUUGGUAAUGCUAUGAUAUUAGUUUUAUUCAAAUGUGAAGUGUAUUUUUGGAAAUUAUUUCUCCAAAUAAAACUAAAACCAUUGCUAUCAUGUAUAAGUCGAUCAAUAUAAGAAAAAAAACAUGAAUACGAGUCCUGAUAAAUUAAGGAAGCAAGCCUUUAUUCAAUAGUGAUUGGCUGUGUCCAGUGCGCAAGACCGCUUAAUACCAGCCGGAUUAAAUACGAGCUUAGAUUGGGGCUUAGUUUUAUUUUGAAAUCAAGAUACUUCUGGAUAAAAAAGCACAAGCUGCACAGCAUAAUUGUUUUUCUUCACUUGAAAAUGGCUACGGAGGAAGUAAACACUUUGACGACGGUUCCAAGAACGUACGAUGACAUCGAUGAAGUCGUGAAUGACAUAAACGUGAACGACAACGAAAAGGACGAGGAUUCGUGCCAAGAGUAUGAAAGUGACGUCAGCUCGUGUGCUGGCAGGUCUACAAGUGACGAGUGCGAGAGAGUUGUCCAGGACAUGACACCUACUGUCACCCAGUCUGCCGAUAGCCUUAGCACGGACGCCAAGGAAACUGACUUCUUGUAUAAGAUGGUGGACCUCAUUUUCAGGGAGGCCAUUGUGGAUGAGACGCAGAGUAACAACAGGCCAGUGUGCAGCUUCCUUUCGCCGGAGGAGCUGUGCGCGAGUCUCACGGAACUUAGCAUCGGUCAGGAGGGCAGCGAUGCGAACAAACUCAUCGAUUUUGCCGAGAAAGUCAUCAAGAACAGCGUGAAGACCGCCCAUCCACGGUUUUUCAACCAGUUAUAUGGCGGACUCAGCAAGUAUUCCAUUGCCGGGGCUUGGUGCGCCGAGGUCCUCAACUCCAGCAUGUAA